AACCUGUGCCCGGGAGGCUUGUGCGUACUGCCUGCGGCUGCGUUGCUCCUCGGGAAAGGCGCGCAGUUUGUGGCCGCGGCCUUUUGGCUGGGAUGAUCCGCGCUCCGGGUGGAGGCGGGGGGAGCUGAGCCGGAGCCAUGGCCAGUACAGUGGUAGCAGUUGGACUAACCAUUGCUGCUGCAGGAUUUGCAGGUCGUUAUGUUUUGCAAGCCAUGAAGCAUAUGGAGCCUCAAGUAAAACAAGUUUUUCAGAGUCUGCCAAAAUCUGCCUUUAGUGGUGGCUAUUACAGAGGUGGGUUUGAACCCAAAAUGACAAAACGGGAAGCAGCAUUAAUACUAGGUGUAAGCCCUACUGCCAAUAAAGGGAAAAUAAGAGAUGCUCAUGGACGAAUUAUGCUCUUAAAUCACCCAGACAAAGGAGGAUCUCCUUAUAUAGCAGCCAAAAUCAAUGAAGCUAAAGAUUUACUAGAAGGUCAAGCUAAAAAAUGAAGUAAACUUAUAAUGAAUUUUAAGUUCAUAUUAGUUAUGUUAUGUGAGUGCCAACUUUUUAUAAUAAAAUGCCUCAGAGGUUCAGUUUUGAAAAUGA